CACGAUCAAUUUCUAUUCCCCACCAGCGGCGGCGGCGGAAGCUUCUUCUUACUCCCGACGUGAGACGAUCGUAGAGGGCAGCGAAGGAAGGCGGCGGUGUCGCAGGCUGGACGACGAUGGGCUCAAUUGGCGCCACUUCCACGACCACCAAAGCUUCAUCGCGAAUCGCCUGGUCUUGGGAGGCAGCAUCGACAUUGGAAGAUCACUUUUUGUGGCUCGCCUUGGCUUGGAUCAAUCGAAUUGGCUGGGAUCCUGAAAACGUGCCUGCUUAUGAUACUUUUCGCUGCACUUUGCUUAUGGGUGCUGAAGGAAUGAUGGAGGUUUUGAAAUGUUUGGACGUAAUGAAGGAUAAGGGAUGCCAUCCAGGUCACAAAUUCCUUUCGUUUUCCCUUGAAAGUUGCCGUAAACAUAAUGAUCUUAAAGCGGCGGCGAUAGCCAAAUAAGAGAGGGAGAGAGUAGACCAGGCGAUGAGAUCUGCUCAAGGGAUUUUGCUGUGCCAAUCACGCCACGAAGAUCGCUCACCAUAAGCCAGCACCGAUGCUUGCACUUGGGGUAAGAAAUUUCGUCCUUUGUCAAGCUUAAAUAGUGGGAUACGAAUGUCAUUCUCGUGGAACAUUGCUGGGCGGUGGGGUUGCAUGAUGAACGUCCCAUUAUAAUGGGUGAAUGGAUUUAUUUACGUGGUCAGCUUCAAAAUUGAAGAGGGCUUUAUGUUGGCAAAGGUGGGAGGAGGUUCUAAAGUGGGGGGAUAAGAAGCUUUAGUAAAAUCUAAUUGAAUUA